GGAGAGCUGGCGAGGGCCUGACAGUUUGCCUCCCCAGGAAACCUGGUAGGAUCUUCCCGACAGGUAGGAUGAGAUCCACUGGAGUGCAGUGCCAGUGAUGCCCAUCUCAGAAAGUCUGGCGAGCAGGAUCUGGUGGUCUGUUAUGUCUUAUCCAGAGUGACUUACAGAGAGUACAGGGACAUUCCCCCCGGGGGAAGAGGGGUGAAGUGUCUUGCCCAAGCACACAACGUCAUUUUUGCACGGCCGGGAAUCGAACCAGGGACCUUCUGACUAAUAGCCCGAUUCCCUAACCGCUCAUUCAUAGUACGGUAUGUGGAUUGUGUUUAAGCAGUCUUUCCCAAUAACCACUGAUCUUCUCUUCUGUACCCCAUCUGUCUACAGGUUCGUCUAUGCCUGCUUCUAUUCUGAAAGCAUCAGGCCUGUCCUACGUGAUUUAGGUAUUAACAGGAAAAGUGACAUAUUUAAUGAUAAUGGUGCUAAAGACAAUACAACCUGCGGAUUGUUACUUCUGAGCCAUCACCCCUCCAAGACACGGAACAAGGUCCUUCCACAGGGGUUGUUGUACAAGAAGCCCAGUGUGGUGUCAGGUCGUACUGAUGUGGUUUCCGUGACACCCUGGAUGGCUCCUAUAGUCUGGGACGAGGUCUUUGACUCUGUUGUCCUGGACAGCAUCUACAAGCAAAUGGACAUCACCAUAGCAACAACCGUCUUUGCUCUAGGAAAGUACGUGCUUUUCCUGAAGGACUUCCUGCACACAGCAGAGAAGCACUACAUGGUUGGCUACAAGGUUGACUACUACAUAUUCACUGACAGACCUGGAGACGUUCCAAAUGUUACCCUGGCGGAAGGGAGACGGGUGAGAGUGUUGAAGGUGCCCAGCUCCAACCGCUGGCAGGAGAUUUCAGCUCGCAGGAUGGAGAUGAUCCAGACGACCAUCGAGAGUACGAUCAGGGGUCACGCUGACUACAUCUUUUGUCUGGACGUCGACUCCAAGUUCCACGCUCACUUUGGGGUGGAAGCUCUGGGUCGACUGGUUGCCACGAUACACCCAGGUUACUAUGCUACUGAGCGAGGAAGCCUUCCGUACGAACGCCGUCCUGAGUCACGGGCCUACAUCCCCUUUGGGGAGGGAGACUUCUACUACGGAGGCGCCGUCUUCGGAGGACUGCUGGAGGAUGUCCGCACCAUGGCAGAGAUCUGCCGUCGGAAUUUUGAGGCGGACGCGGCCAAUGGGAUCGAGGCAGCGUGGCAAGAGGAGAGCCACCUGAACAGGUACUUUACGUACAACAAGCCGUCUAAGUUGCUGUCGCCUGAGUACCUGUGGCAGGACGUGGCUGGCCGGAGCAAGCAUGUCAAGAUCAUUCGUUUCUCAGGGGUGGCCAAGAACUAUGCUGACUUCCGGCCCAACUGAGGGUAAA